UGCUCCUUGACCUUGCGCUCAAACCACGCCCGCGGGAUGUCGUCAGCCGUUUUAAUGCGCGAACGGGACUUUUAUUAUGGUGUGGUGUUGUGACGUCACGCCUGCGCUGUAGUGAUUCGGCGGAAGAAAGGACAAGCUCAGAGAAACUCCUGACAUCUGCAGGACAAACUGCUGAAGAUGAUGUUUAUUAAAGAGGAGAGUAUAGACUUCAGGAUUGAAGAAGUGUUCAGUCUGAAACAUGAAAACACGGAGGAACAAACAGCUGUGUGCAGGAAUCCUUCAAAGCUGGUCCACUGCUUGAUUUGCCAUAAGCCCCAGGCCAAAAUUGAACACCAUCUAAGCAAUAUGUGCUUACGGGAUGCGGAGGAUGGCUGUAUCCAGCAAGAAGUCUCGAGGGCCAAGGAGUCACAAGAGACGUGGACAAGAGAGGGGAGGAUUAUGAAUAUUUCUGAGGUCAAGAAAUUGGUCAGGGAGGACCCGUCUUGUGACUCCUUGGCAGAGUACUUCCGGUCAAAGGGAUUCCUCAUCAGAGAAGAGCGUGACAGUGCUGCCAUCCAGGAGUCUGAAAUCCUUGCUCUCGCUGAGGAGGACAUGGGUGAGGUGUCCAACCGCCUCAGCCAACAGAAAGGGGUCCCUGCAAAGACCAAGACGGUCUUCCGGAGCUUCUGCCUCGCCACAAUGAUGUGGGUCCAUCACCUGGGUCCUGCCAGCAUUAAAGAGUUCAAGGUCCAGGAAUGGAACGACAGGGCGACAGAGGGAGAUGGAGUCGUUGUAAAGCUGUCCAAAGGAAGCAUAAAGUUGAACAAAAAAGAAGAACAUUGGUUGGACUGCUACUUCAAGCACAUCCGGCCAGAAUAUUUAAAGGCUCAACCUCCGAAGGGAGACGACAGGGACCGGUUCUUCCUGGGAGCUUCAGGACUUCCUCUUUGUAACCCAACAGCCGAUGUGCACCGACUACGAGAAAAGUACGUCAAGAGGCUGCAGGAGAGACCUACGCCACCAGCAGAGCCACAGGCAGGAAUGGUGGUCAAUCCACGCUGGCCGACUGCUGAGGAGGAGCCACCACAGGUGCUGGAGAGGACAUCUCCACCUACUCCAGUGGUGCAGCUCCCAACUCCGAGGUUUUGGGGAGCUUUUGAAGACCUGUUUCCCGUUACCCUUCACGGGAAGCCUCCGACAAAGGUGCAGGCAGCAGAGGCAGGAUUCGAGGACCGCAGCUACUACCACUACUGGAGGAGGCUUCAGUACAAGCUGCGGGUACAGUAUACUCUUGAGCAAUCCACUGACAGGACUGGCCAAAAACCCCCGGCGUCUCGUGUCCAGCGGGCCAUUGCCAAGGAGACCAGGUGGACCACUAAUGUGCCCUCCGUGGGCAGUGUUCUGCUGGCGUGGGUGCCCUGCCAGGAACCGUCCCCUGUCGCAAAUGACCCUCUCCUCAUUGCUUCCGUGGUCCAUCAGAAGUGGAAAGGGCUGGCCAUUAAGCACUUCGAGGGGAAAGGCAAAGGGGUCAUCGCCACCAUGGAGUUCCAGAGGAACCAGGUCGUGUGCGACUACCACGGUGAAGUGGUCUCCAAGCGGGAAGGGGAGCGGAGGCUGGAGACCCUCACCGGGGAGCCGUCAUACCUGUUUUUCUUCAAGGGCAAGGGUGGCAAGCCUCUCUGCAUCGAUGCACAGAAGUUCCCCUGUGACUGCCACCCAGACAAAGACACUUUUGGGAGGAGGAUGAAUAAUUCCCGAAGGAGAAAUAAUUUGCGGCGUCAGAUAGUUUCCUUAAACUGUCCUAAUGGACCCAGGGAAUGUGUUCUGUUCUUCGCUCUACGGGACAUUGCUGUCAAUGAGGAACUCCUGUGGGACUAUGGCAUUCAUAGAGCAUCAUUCAGAGGGGAAGGGAGAGGUCUUCCAUGGCUUGAUGACUGACGUGGUCUCAAA